AUGAGCAGUAAUAACAGCCAAACACCAGCAGCUGAUACAACGAGCAGUAAUAACAGCCAAACCACAGCGGCUGAUACAUUGAGCAAUAAUAACAGCCAUACACCAGCAGCUGAUACAAUGAGCAGUAACAAUAACAGCAAAACAGCAGCAGCUGAUAUAAUGAGGAGUAAUAGCAGCCAAACCCCUGCAGCAGAUACAAUGAGCAGUAAUAACAGCCAAACACCAGCAGCUGAUACAAUGAGCAGUAAUAGCAGCCCAUCACCAGCAGCUGAUACAGAGAAGAGUAAUAACAGUCAAACACCAGCAGCUGAUGCAACGAGCAGUAAUAACAGCCAAACACCAGCAGCUGAUACAAUGAGCAGUAAUAGCCCAUCAACAGCAGCUGAUACAAUGAACAGUAAUAACAGCCAAACACCAGCAGCUGAUACAAUGAGCAGCAAUAACAACAGCAAAACAUAA